AUGCAGCUUCUACUAACAAGUGCGGCCGUGCUCCUGGCUACUUCUGGAGCCCUAGCUGGAACAAAGCACGAAGUUCCUGGACCAACUGUCUUUAUCCGCAACGGAACAAUUAUUGGCAGAAAUGUCAAGACCCUCAACCAAGACCUUUUCUUAGGAAUCCCUUUCGCGCAGCCUCCAACCGGAAAUCUUCGCUUUAAUGCGCCUCAACCCGCAAACGAGACCUGGGCAACGCCUUUGAAUGCAUCUACAUAUGGCGGCCACUGCAUUAACUACCUUCUGAGCUUACCUUUUGACCCCUCCGACAUGGCGACGAGAUAUCCCCAGAGCGAGGACUGCUUGACAAUCAAUGUUGUCCGACCAGAAGGAACGAAAUCUAAUGCCGGUCUUCCUAUGUUGGCUUAUAUAUACGGAGGCAAUUUCCAACAAGGAGGCUCCAGCGACGACAGGUACAAUGUUAGUGCCCUUGUCAAGAAGUCGGUUCAAAUUGGCCGACCGUCAAUUGUGGUUAGUAUGAACUGUCGCCUACAAGGAUGGGGCAUUUUGGCUGGAAAUGAUGUUAGCAAACAAGGUCUCCUGAAUCUUGGUAUACAGGACCAGCGACUUGCUCUGCAGUGGAUUCGGGACAACAUCAAUGCAUUUGGAGGAGACCGCCGGAGAGUCACCAUCCAAGGUGAAUCAGCCGGUGCUGCCUCGGUAGGCUUUCACUUGUUAGCCAAUGGAGGAAGGGAUGACGGCCUGUUUAGUGCUGCCAUUUGUCAGAGUGGCGGACCCUACUACUUUGGCAGCUUUACGCCAGCUGCACUGGGGGAGAGGCCGUAUGAGAGCGUCCUAAAAGCAACCAACUGCACGAAUACGCAUGACAAACUAGAAUGCUUGCGCGCCGCGCCUUUCGAAUCUUUGAACAUGGCCUUCACUGAUCUUUCAUUCCUUCCAGUCAUAGACGAAACCCUCAUCCCUGAAUAUACCUCUACAGCUCUUGCGAAUGGCCGUUUUGUAAAGGUCCCUCUGCUCAUCGGUGCCAAUACCGAUGAGGGUAAGAUCUUCGCCGGCAGGGGUGUUAACACGACCGAUGAACUCGGUACUUCCAUCAUGCAAUACCCAUAUAUCCAUACGGCCAAUAAUGAUACCAUUCGUGAUCUACUGGAAGCCUAUCCCGAGCCGGGUACCAACUCGACACAUGGCCAAUCGGAUGACACCCUUCCAGUGCCCGCACCGUACGGUAAACAAUUCCUGCGCACCGCAAGAUACACCGGGGAUGCCCUAUUUAUUGCUGGACGGCGGUACUCGUGCGAAAUUUGGACUCGACAUGGGCUCCCUUGCUACAGCUACCGGUUUAACACGAUUCUUGGCGACACCGAUCCGCUGUACCUUGGCGCCACCCAUUUUCAGGAUGUCUCAUUUAUCUUUAGUAACAUCUUGGGACUAGGCAUGCCAUCAAAUGCUUUUGAUGUUCAGCCUCUAGAAAGAGAAGAGAGAUACAAAAGGUUAAGUGACUUGAUGGGUCGGAUGUGGAUGAGCUUUGCUGCAACGCAUUCUCCCCAUAAUCACAAAGGUAUUACACAUAUCGAACAGUUGCUAGUGGGACUUCUGCUAAUUAUCACAUUUUGA